AUGUCGAAUGAAACAUGUUUAUGUGAUCGUACAAGUGAUUGUGUUUAUCCUGCUGGCAUUUAUAAUCAAUCGCGAGCUAUCAUUCCCAAUGAAGUCUUUUCUCUUGAUACAUCGCCUCUAUUCAUUGUACCAGGAUUUCAAGUAGGAUGUGUACCUCAAAAUGCAUUGCUUCAAUCAACAUUGGAAUGCUUUUAUAAUCAAUCAUGUUUAGAUAUCGUGAUUUCGUUGACUGGUGCUCUUCGCACUGUCUCAGCUCUGAAUAUUUCAAACUCAUUUUCACGAUUCAGCCCAACAACAACUAUUGGUGUUCUUUUUGAUAAUCUAAUGGUUGAGUCUUGGGAGAACUCUACUGACUUUGCCACCUAUUUCCAAACUUGUGCACCUAAAGUCUGUUCAUAUUCAUAUGUACAACGGUUUUUUCUCAUUUAUAUGAUUACAACCAUGACUAGUGUCUUUGGUGGACUUAGCGUAGCAUUUCAUAUAACAUCCCCAUUGUUUGUCAAAUUCAUUUUAUAUUUAUGUCGUCAACGGGUUCGAAUGCCAGAAACUGAUGAAGGACAUGAACCAAAAAGAAUUAGUUCACAACAAAUCAUUGUCAGAAAUCCAAGUCUGGAUCAAUUUGAAUAUCUUUAUGACAUGUAUUCAUCGAAUCUAUCAUGUCCAUGUCGUUAUUCAUCGAUACCACGCUCAACAUUCAUAUACAAUGAAGUACAAAUUCAUCCAUUUUGUACAAGUAGUUUUGUUCGUGAUGAUCGUUGGUUUCAAUAUUGGACAAUGAAAUUUCUCAAUGGUAGCAUCGAUCCUACUCCACCAUUUUAUUGGACUGAUUUUCGAAAGAAUGGAUUGAAGUUUUUUAAUUAUGUUAAAAUAUCCUGUGACAUAGCCAAUAUCAGUUUGUCUGAGAUAGCGAAUUCGUUUCAAGAAGAAUAUUUUUUCUCUCCUCAACCCAUUACACAACUAGAAUUCAAUGAAACAACUCAAAAUUGGGAAACUUCUUUUCAAAGCCAGCUUGUUAUUGUACUCAAUAUUCAUCGACAUCAAUUAGAAUCAGAUGAGAGUAAUCAUUGA